GGAUCUGAUCGGUUCGGCCCGGCGGCGGAAAGGCGGCUGUACAUUUCUUUCCUUACCGAAGAAUCAUCAGCUUAUCUCACUCAUGAGUAAGAAAGCCUAACCUCUUAAUGCAUGCGCAUUUUGAAAGAACGCAAACAUCGCAAUGCCAAGACAUCUUCUCACCUUGAUAUUGGCCAGUUCUCUGACUUCUGUAACUGGAUCUUAUAGUAUCAGACUGGUGAAUGGUAAUAAUGACUGCUCUGGAAGAGUUGAGAUCCUUUAUAAUGGCCAGUGGGGGACAGUGUGUGAUGAUGACUGGGACAUGAAUGAUGCUGCUGUGGUGUGCAGACAGUUGGGAUGUGGAAAAGCUGUGAGUGCACAUGACAGUGCUCAUUUUGGCCAGGGAAGUGGUCAGAUCUGGUUGGAUGAUGUGAGAUGUUCAGGAAGUGAAUCAUCAAUCACACAGUGCUCACAUUCUUCAUUUGGAACACAUAACUGUGGUCAUCAUGAAGAUGCAGGUGUCGUCUGCUCAGUGCCAGACAUACAGGUCAGUGUUUCUGACUCAUGUUGUGGAAGAGUGGAGAUCCGUUAUAAUGGCCAGUGGGGAACCGUGUGUGAUGAUAACUGGGACAUGAAUGAUGCUGCUGUGGUGUGCAGACAGUUACAGUGUGGAUCAGCCAUCAGUGCACCUCAAAGUGCCACCUUUGGUCAAGGCAGUGGUCAGAUCUGGCUGGAUGAUGUUGGAUGCUCAGGAAGUGAAGGAACCCUCACACAAUGUUCACACAGUGGAUUAGGAAAACAUGACUGUAAUCAUGGGGAAGAUGCUGGUGUUGUUUGUUCAGGUGAACUGCAGAUGCCGACCCUUUCCCUGACCUCCACACAUGCAGUUGUUUCUCAUGGAGAAAAUAUCCAGUUCAGAUGCACAACACCUAAACCAAGAUGCAAUGCUAAUGCUGAAUUCCAGCUCUUCAGAAAUGGUUUAUCUGUAUCCUCCCAGACACAUGUAUCUAGUGUGACUUUCAACUAUAAUGUAGACGUCGCACAUCAAGGCAGCUACAGCUGUCAAUACUCCUACCAAAACAACAUCAAAUCACCUUUGAGUAACACUGUUAACAUCAUUGUGGUGAACUUGCAGCAGCCCAACAUUUCCCACAGUGCUCCUGAUGGACAGUUUGUCGUGGGGUCUCAGGGGCCAGUGAUCACCAGGGGCCACAGUUUCACUAUCAUCUGUUCCACUGAAUCUCAGUAUCCUGGAGGCUCUUUUCACCUGUUCAGAGGGUCAAGCAUCACCAGGAGUGAGUCAGCUGUCAAUCACUCCUCCUCCUUCUCCUUUCCUGAGGCAGAUUUUUCACAUGAGGGAAACUACAGUUGUGUUUAUGAAGUCAGUGUCUCCUCACGCUCCUUCCGUUCAUCUGCCUCUGAACUGCUGCUCAUCACUAUCACAGGUACUUAAUCAACAGUGAUGGGA